AUGGGGAACUCCAACGCAGCUCUAGGCCAGUUGCAGAAGCACCGCGGAGGAUGGUUGCUGUGCUUGGACGAGAACCAGCGCGUCAAGUGUGUGACCCGUCAGCAGGCUCAGCCCAGUGAUGCACGGCUUGCUGCCGAGCGUGCGCGGGAGGAGUCGAAGGCUCAGCUGGACUCGCUGAUGCGCGAGCUCUUCCGACUGCAGGAUCUCAACAAGAACGGCUUUUUGGAGGAGCAAGAGCUCAUAAAGCUGAACCACAAAAUCGCCAUGCUUCAUUAUGGCAAAGACUCCAAGAAUGCCGACCGCAACGAAGUGGAGCAGAAAUACAGGAACCACUUCCGAGAACACCUGGAUGCGGAGGGCAACCCUGUGGACUUCCACAGGUUCAAGGAGUACAUGAUCGGCAUGCUUAACAGCAUCGAUCCGGACCCCCGGGUGCAGGAAAUGACAUUGGAGCAGUGGAUCGCAGAGGCCGAGUCUGGCCGCGCUGCCUUCUUUUGCAACUCCAUGUCAAGCCAGCCAGGGCCCUGA